AUGGAUGCACAGCCCAGUAUGAAUAGCUGGUUGGGGUCAAAUCAUGCAGGCGUCGAGCAGCCGCUGAGCAACCAUUAUCCAGGCUGGUCAUCGACAUCUAGUCCCAACAAUCAGCCAUCACCAGGUCGCCGAGAACAUGCUGUACAGCCGCCAUUGUUGACAACAGCACUGAGCGGUCCUCAAUACCAGGGUCUUGGAAGUGGUCUUGGACUAACACCGACGCCUUUAUCAUCGACCUCGCUGUCGAGCCCUUUUACUCACGGUCUAUCGCCUGCUGUUCCAUCUCCUAUUAACGGCAGAUCCGUUUCGGCAUCUUCGAUGACGUCCAGAAACGCAUACAAUGUUCCUUAUAAUCCCCAGGACUGGGGGCCUCCGGGCAGGCCCCAGACGCAGGCCCCGUAUCUUCCACCAGGCACGAUGCAUCGUGUGACGCCGCAGAGAAAUAAUCCGGAUGUGUCGUUGUCUCCACCUCCUCCGCCAUACUCACCUCCCAACCAAAAUCGAAUGUCUCAGGAUUUUUCCGGUCAGGCAAAUCCUAACUUUGCGGGAACGCCUUCUCCACCUGACAGGGAGGGUGGCUUUGAUAUGCCUGUCCAGCAUCAAAGACGCUCAAAUCGGCCAAGGCCACUAUCUAUGGCUUACCUGUCUGACUCUCAGCGCCAGUCUCUACCCCCUCCACCUCCCCCGCAGGGACAUCCAGCCAGUAGAUCUGUGUCUCAAGGUCGAGUCGAGUACCAGGGAAUGCCCUAUAAUGACCAAGCUACGCAAUAUAACACUGCUAGCCACAGGCCUCGGCUGGCACAGUACGACCAGGGCCAAGCCUCGCCCGCAUUUAACGAACAUAUGUCUGCAAGUGCUCACUUCGAGACACCAUCCCGCCCCCUGGAUCCCGACGUGCGGCAUCUGCUGGGGCCUGCGGGCUCAUCGAGGGCAGCGAGCCAGUCACGAACUCGAUCGCCGUCAAAUAGUAACUGGGAGCCUGGGAUGCCCCUUCCGCCGCCACCUCCAGGGCCUCCUCCCGCUGCAAGGUCCGUCAGCGUGAGUGGCUCGUCCGAAUCAUCAUUGAGAACGACCCAUAGCUCGAAUAGGACGACGAGACGGGGACCUCCUGUGCUAGGAACAGGACUGGGAAGCAUCCCGCCUACGCCAGCUGACUGGAUAGAUGAGGGAUAUCUGAACAGUCGACCAACGGAGGGUUUAUAUGUUGACACGGCAAAAGCGGCGAAGGCACCAGAGCCGACGGAUGGAGAUCCCCACGAUUCAUCUAAUCAAAGAACUCCUGGUAGUGGCGGUCUUUUCCGCAGCUCAGCAGUCCGCGAUCCUAGUGCCAAGGGCAUCCGUGAAAGACGAAUUGAACGACGCAACCGGCAAAGCCAGGUCUUUGAACCCCCAAGUGCGAUAUCAUCAAAUGGUAAUCCUUGGGCCGAUGCUCUCGAACAGGUUAAACCGUCGAACCUGAUUCUACCAUCUCAAACCAAUAGCCCAACUCAAGAUCUGCAUCCCACCUCGGGCAAGUACGAUCAAACCCCUCGCAGUACCCGCAGCAUUAAAUCGGAAGGACCGCCUACUGCCUCACGGCCUCGAGCGUCUUCCAGCGCUCUCCUUCCAGAAAAAUCACCCUAUGGGACUCCUAGGCAACAACCCAGCUCUGCUGGUCCCUCGGCUGCAUUUGCACAUACGCCUCCAUUUUCACCAAAUCCAAACGGAGUGGACCCGUCAACAUAUCCCAAAGAAGCUAGCCAGGCAGUACCACCAAAAGCACUACCAACUCCACCUCUGAAUUCAGCAAAAGAGGUCCGGCCACGCUCACGCUCCCGGGCACCCUCCCGAGGACCGGAAGACCGUCCCAUCUCUCACAUCCUCCACAUGCCUAACGAAGCUGUGUCGAUUAUGAAACCCUUGUCGCCGCGCCGAACGCCGGGACAGCAAACGACGCAGGUGUCAAUGGAAUCGAUCCUUAGACAGGAUCCUGCUUUCCUACAGGAUGCGAUUCAAAGGCACAAGACCUUUAUUGAUAAAGAAGCAAGUGCCGAGGAUGAUACCGAAGCACUCAAGAUAUUUGCGGACUACAUGCUUGCCGAAUCUCAGAUCCGGCGCCAGCGGUACUCCAAGGUCUGGGAAUCCUUCCAAGUAGAAGAUGUCCGCCGCAAUCUUUUCGAAUUGCCGGUCAAGCAACCACCAAAGCCUAAGCCCCAGCCAAAACUAGAUAUCCCACAAAACCGAGCAGGUCGACCGGAAUCUGCGUGGUGGAAUAACUAUCAGCCUUGCCUAUCGCCGAUUGCCAGCCUCAACAUGAGCAACGAUGAGAGCUCUCGGGGCCGUGCACCAAGUCGCUGGUGGGAGUCGGCAACCGGUUCCACUGGCGAGGGGGCCGAGAGAAGGGUUCAGCGAUCUAAGCGGGAAUCGAAGUAUAUGGGAUUGCCUCGGGAGGCAAUGCACGGGGACCAGGAGUUGACUCCUUCUCAGCCCAAGGAUGUGAGGAUGAACUAUGGGAGUACGGAAUAUGGAUCUGACGAGUACCCACCUGAGAAAGUCGGCUGGCAUGAAGGGUCUCCUGCAAAUUCCACUGGGACUGGAUAUCGCUACGAAAGCCGCAAUUUAGAUAUCUCGCGGUUGAUCACCCUGCCUCCGCCUUAUCCCCGCCACCAUCCUGCUGUGAACAACAGCCAUCCUGAUUUAGUCACCCAUCGAACUACGGUUCGGUCAAUUACUGAUCUCGCAGAGAUCAAAACCACCAGACAUCGGUACAAGGCCGAUGUGGAGCGAAUGCUUCAAGAGCACCAGCAACAAGUCGACGAGGGUCAUCGCCACUUCAGGUCGAACAUCCAAAGCCAGAUUCAAGAUGGCAGUCUGACCUUUGCGGAAGCAGCAGAGGCUGAAGCAGCAAUGAUUGCCGCAGAGAACGAGCGAGAAAGGGCAAUGGUCAAACGCCAGCUAGACACAUACCAAGAAACAGUGCUCAAGCCGAUGCACGCCAUUCUCGUUGACAGGAUUAACAGAGCAACAGCCUGCAUUGACCAGUUAAGCAGCAUGCUCUCGGAUGAUGCACAGAGCGGGACACCCGAUCAGACUCAGGAAGAAGGCGACGAGAAGCCCGAGCUCCUGGAGAAACUGACGCAACUAAAAUGGCUCUUCGAAGCCCGCGAGCAGCUCCACCGCGAGUCAUUUGACCUGAUCAGCGACCGCGACGACAAAUACAAAGCCGUCGCCCUACUCCCCUACAAGCAGGCCAAAAACGAAGACAAGCUACGUGAGACGCAAGCCUUCUUCGCCCAGGACGCACUAGACCGCCGCGUACAGUACGAAAACGAGGCGCUAACCCGGCUUGAAACAUUCCUGAACGUCAUCGAGCAGAACGUCAUGCGAGGAGUCGAGGUGCAACUCUCCGCAUUUUGGGAUAUCGCCCCAUCCCUCCUGGCUCUUGUGCAGCAGGCACCUGAUGACCUGCGCGGCUUCCAGGUGCAGAUCCCCGCGGAUGAAUACGAGGAAAACCCGAGCUACCAUGAGCAUCCGCUGCAGUAUCUGUAUACGCUGCUGGCACAUGCGGAGAAAUCGAGCUAUCAGUUCAUUGAGUCGCAGACAAAUCUACUGUGUCUCUUGCAUGAGGUGCGGUCUGCCGUUAUGCGAGCUAGUCAAAAGCUUGUGGAAGCACAACGUAUUAAGCGCGGGGAGGCGGAGGAGGAUGUUCGUCGUGAAAUGCAUCAGACUCGUGCUGAUGAAGAGCUAGCCCUUACGACUGAUCUGAAGGAUAAGGUUGCUACCGUUGAGGGUCAGUGGACUGAGGCGCUGGGGAGCCAAAUUGAGGGUUUGAGAGAACGAGUUAAGGGGCAGCUUAUGAGUGAAGAUGGUUGGGAGCAAUUGGAGCAAUUGGAGGAAUAG